CAUUUGUUCUCAAUUGAAGAAAGAAAAAAAGGAAAAAGAAAAAAAAAAGGUUUAAACUUUUCUCUCACUACAUUUUAGAGAGAGAGAGAGAUGGUGGUGGAGUAGUUCAAUACGUAGAAGCUGUUGGGGGGUUUUGUUCUUGUCGGUGGGGGAAAGGCAGCAAACGCCGUCGGAAUUUUUGGAUCUGCUGUAUGGAGCGAGCGCCAAACUCGGCAGUUGAUUUUAAUCUUCCAAGGAUCUGAUGGUAAUGAAAACUAAUUUUCCUUCGAAAUUUCAUCGUCUGUAUUUUUGUUGAAUUAAGUUUUAUGAAUCUCUGCAUUUUCGUUUUAUGGUUUCUAGUGAGUAGGCUUACGAAGAUCUCUGAUCUCGAGUUUCUUUCUUCUCUCCCAUUCCGUCCGUUUCUGCAAUAUUUGAUACGAUACAGAGUGCUUAAGUUGAUGUAGUGUGGUGUAAUGGCUUUCUUUGUGAAUCCGACAUAACUGCAGAAUUGCAGCAGUGAAACAUGGAAUUAAAGUUUUUGAUGAUACCGAGAUUUACGUAUUCAAUUAUUUUUACGGAGUGAACCAUUUUCUCUGUUCGAUUUGCGUCACGGUUGGUAAAUGAUCCUUUUGAUGUAUGUAACUAAAGCUUUGUUGUAUCGAUGAGUAGUGAGGGGAUAGAUACGUGUAGGCGGAUGCAAAUGUAUCGAUAAAGUUUUGCUAAGUCGUCUGGCAUUGAGUUGAAUCUCUAUCAACGGUUCACCAUGCAUCCAAAUUCAUAUUUUUCAGAGUUCCUAAUUUUGAAUGAUGUAAUGUUAAUUAAAUCGGGUGAAAAUUCAUAGAUUGGUAUUUUGUCCAUUCAUGGACUUUGCGAGGCUUUUAGGUUUGAUUGGAGAUGUCUGUAAAUAACAAAAUUGUAUAGAAGACGUUCGAUUUGAAUUUGUGAUCCACUGCACUUUUAUUUAUAUUCGUUGUUCCAUGGGAUAUUGUUUUCCAAAUCAGAUGUUUAUUUUUUCCCUUUGCAUACAUGGAAAUGACUAGAACACCGUAAGUUUAACUUACGACCAAAUUCUAAGAUCUUCGUAAACCGUCAACGAUUAUGAGAAAACUCUUGGUUCUCGAUUCAGAUUAUACCCUAUGUUAUUGUUUUCUGCUUAAUGUUUCUGCUCUAGUUUCAUCUCUCUAAUUCAAUAGUUAAGGCUAUACGUUUAUUGCUGUUUUAUGUUUGUCAUUUAUCUUUCACCUCUAUCAAAUAAUAUGGCUGUAUUUGUUAUGUGGAUUCUGCAGGGCUCAUGUUAUUCGUUCGACUAGUUCAUUGCACUCAAUUUCUGCAGAGCUUACACGUAAUCUGCUAAUUUGUUGUAGAUUGUUCCGGAAGGGGUAACACAAAUAAUUUUGAUUACUACUCGAAAUUCCUUUAGAGAUGGUGUUCAGUAAAUUCGCAGAAUUGUUUUCAGCCCAAAAGGCCUCUACAUACAAAUCACCUGGAUUGCCUCCUAUGCCUAGUUCUGUUCACGCUCAUCCUUUUUCGAGCUCAGAGAAGAAGACUAAUUUGAGACACUCCUCUUCCCUUCAAGAUUUUUCUACCUACCGCCAACUUGAUAUAGAAAACGGAGUAGAUAUAGCUUCAGGUAAUAGAUUUCCACCAUUUUUAUUACAGAAAGAAAAUGGUAUAAAAACUCUGUCCAAGGAGAAGAUAUCACCAGGAAUUUCAUCCACACGGAAGAAGUGGUUAAAAGUCAUUUGUGUCCUCGUCAUCUUACUAUUCAUCUCUUUCCUUUUAUUCGCUCUUCAAUUUAUUUAUUCCAAGUGGUCCAGAGGAGCUUCAAAGUACUAUGUUGUCCUAGACUGUGGUAGCACCGGGACCCGCGUUUAUGUAUACGAGGCGUCCAUUAAUCACAAACGAGACGAUAAUCUCCCCGUUUUAUUAAAAUCAUUGCCUGAAAGUUUGCAAAGUGUGUCCCACAGUGGGCGGGCUUACAAGCGAAUGGAGACAGAGCCUGGAUUGGGCAAAUUGGUGAACAACGUUUCGGGUUUGAGCGAAGCAAUAAAACCUCUUAUCCAAUGGGCUGAAAAUCAAAUUCCGAAAAAGUUUCACAAAACUACUUCUCUGUUUCUGUGUGCUACAGCUGGAGUUCGAAGGCUACCGAGUUCAGAUUCCGAAUGGCUUCUUGAUAAUGCCUACUCCAUUCUAAAGAAUUCUCGUUUUUUAUGCAAAAAAGAGUGGGUAAAAGUCAUCACUGGCAUGGAGGAAGCUUAUUAUGGAUGGAUAGCUUUAAAUUAUCACACCGGGGUUUUGGGGGCCAUUCCUAAAAAGGAAACUUACGGUGCGCUCGAUUUGGGUGGCUCUUCACUGCAGGUUACUUUCGAAGGCAAACAAGAUAAGUAUGAUGAAACGAGCUUAAAUCUAAGCAUUGGCUCUGUUAACCAUCAUCUAAGUGCCUACUCAUUAUCCGGAUUUGGACUCAAUGACGCUUUCGAUAAAUCCGUUGCUUAUAUUAUCAAAGGGCUUAAGAAGAUCACUGAUUCGGAUUUAGCAAGUGGCAAAGUCGAAAUUAAGCACCCUUGUUUGCAGUCUGGUUACAAAGAGCUGUACAUUUGUUCACAUUGUUCGUCGGAGUUGGGUAAAGGGGAAAAAUCCGGAGCUCCAGUUCAGCUCGUUGGAGCUCCGAAUUGGGAAGAAUGUAGAGCGCUUGCUAAAGUUGCUGUCAAUUUGUCUGAAUGGAACAAUCAUAGUAGAGGAAGUGAUUGCGAAGUGAAUCCAUGUGCACUUGCAGAGAAUCUACCUCGUCCAAUGGGCCAUUUCUAUGCCAUGUCUGGAUUUUACGUUGUGUACCGUUUUUUCAACUUAACUUCCGAUUCUACCCUUGAUGAUGUGUUAGAGAAGGGCCGUGAGUUUUGUGACAAGAAUUGGGAUGUUGCAAGAGAGAGUGUUGUACCUCAGCCUUUUAUAGAACAGUACUGCUUUAGGGCGCCUUAUGUUGUGCUACUGUUGAGAGAAGGACUGCACAUUACUGAUGGACAAGUGAUAGUAGGUUCCGGAAGCAUCACUUGGACACUUGGCGUUGCUUUAUUUGAAGCUGGAAAGGCUUUUGCGUACAGUGCGGAACUUCGGAGCUAUUAUAUAUUUCGAGUGAAGAUAAACCCGUUUGUUCUUUUUGCUGUUUUAUUUGCUUCUUUGUUUAUCUUGCUUUGUGCUUUGAGCUGUGCUGGCAAGUGGUGGGUCCCGAAAUUUUUGCGGAGGCAAUAUCUUCCGUUGUACAGGCAUAAUAAUAACAGUGUGAAAUCGGGAUCGGUUCUAAAUAUUCCGUCUCCUUUUCGAUUUCGUUGGAGUCGUCCCAUUGAUAUAGGGGAUGGAAGGGCUAAGACACCACUAAGUCCAACAGUAGGUGUCGGUGGUGGUGGUGGUGGUGGAAUUGAGUUUGCUGAGUCAUCGUUGUAUUCUCCCGCGAGGAGUGUACCACAUAGUCAGUCGUCGGGUAGUUUAAGAAAGAUGCAGUUUGAUAGUAAUAAUAAUAACCUAGGAUCUUUCUGGACACCUGACAGAAGUCAAAUGCGUUUGCAAAGCAGGAGAUCGCAGUCUAGGGAAGACCUCAGUGCUUCAAUUGCUGAGGUGCAUUAGGUGAAAGAAAGCUCUGAUGAUGGUUUGCUGCAAAUGAAAUUAUUCUGAUUUUGAUUUUGUCAACCACAGCCGAAGCACGAGGUCGGGAAAGUAAUUUACCCUUGGUGCAAGGGUAACAUAGUCCAACUGUUUUCUCUUGAUUUGCUUUUUAUCCUGCGAAUGUCGUUGAAGUUCGUCUUACAGUGGUUACUAAUAAAAGAAGCAGAGAGAUUUCUGGAUUGAUCAACUUUUUCACACGGGAAAAGCCGAUUGACAUUUGAUGAAAAAUAUAUACAUAGAUCGUAACCAUCAAUACGCCUUUUCAGUGAAUUAUUUCACUGAAAAUGGACAAGAUGGCAAGUUCUGUAAAUAAUCAUGUUGGAACAAAGUUUUGUGAAGCAGAUGGAGUGUUACUAUGAAGACACUACCAAUAGAUUCAUUUGUUGAUGCUCCUCGAAGAAUUCUUGGAACGAACUCUAAAUGUUUAUAGUCAUUGUUUCAUUUUGGCUUACAAUUCUUGGAUAUUAUUGUAAUUUCUUGGCAAAAGUUAUAUAUAGAAGCUGUCUUGAUUAUAUACAUUCUUGCAAA